AUGGCGGCACCCAUGUGUUUGCCAGCCGAAACCAAACAUAAUAAAAACAAUAAUGCAUACAUCGGAUCAAACAAUACGAUGGACCAGACCAACUGUAAAGUGUGUUUAGGUCUCGGAGAGUUUCGGUCAGCCGCCGUGUGUUUACCAUCGGGAUUCAUGAUAGACAGACUUGGGAACGGUUGUUCUGCUAUUGCUUUUAGCACCUUGGUGUUGUUAGGCUCAAUUCUGUUUGCUGUGGGAGCAUUGUCUCAUCCCCCAGUGACUACACCCAUGUACAUACUGAUGGUUACUGGAUAUGGGUUCCUGGCGUUUGGAGAUACAUCUCUCUGUUUUGUGCAGGCUCGAGUUGUCUCCCAUUGUUUCCCAGAAGCCACCUUAAUUGCCUUGGCGUUCGGUUUCUUCGGCUAUAUGGGACAGGGAGUAAGCUUGUACACCACACCAGUCAUAAACACGGCUGUAGGUCUACGUCCGGCCGUCUGGAUAGGUCCAGUAUCAUGUGGAUUCGGGUGUUUUUGUGCAGUAGGACUAGCUUUCCUUCUUCAUCUACAAUCGUCUGUAAAAGUUGUAGAGGAUAAUGAAAACAAGAAAGUAUUGGGCUGUGUUUUAAAUUCCAGGAUACGCAGAUGGCAGCAAUCCGAUAUAGAAAGAAUAGAACUUAUAUCGAAAGCAGAUCCAUCCAGCAAGUACUGUGGUAAUAGCGACGACUUUUGA